AGCCCCCAGCCAGAGCCAAAGACUGACAUCAGCCUGCCGCGUGACAAGCUGCCACGGGCAAAGGAAAUCAAGGAAAGGAAAAAGAUCCUGCGGGAGAACCACCAGAAUGCUGAGAUGGAAAGAGCAGCGCGGCUCCGGACUGUGCUGAUCCCUCUCGAGGAAGUCAGAGCUGAGUGGGAGAAGACCAGUGGCCCAUUCCACAAGCAGCGUGUGGCAGAACACUGCGGGAUAUUUCGUGACUUGUUCAAGGGGGCCACGUUCACCCCCUGGGUUACCUUGAGGGUGGAGUACAGCCAAGAAGACGAGCACCUCGUGCCGGUCUACUAUGGGAACAUAGUGACUCCGUCAGAGGCUUCCAGUUCCCCUGCGGUGUCAUAUGAGGCAGAUAAAGGCUCCCUCUGGACUUUGUUGCUCACAAAUCCAGAUGGACAUUUAAGAGACACAGACUCGGAGUACCUCCACUGGUUGGUGACAAACAUCCCAGGCAACGACAUCAAAUCGGGUAAGGAGAUCUGCCAUUACUUGCCCCCCUUCCCUGCCAUGGGAACUGGCUACCAUCGCUUCAUCUUCCUCCUCUUCAAGCAAGACUGCCCCAUAGAUUUCAGCGAGGAUGUUCGGCCGAUGCCAUGCCACAGCCUCAAGAUGCGAACCUUUAGCACUUUUGACUUCUACAGAAAGCACGAGGAUGCAAUGACCCCAGCAGGGCUGGCGUUUUUCCAGUGUCAGUGGGACAGCUCCGUUACUUGGGUCUUCCAUCAGCUUCUCGAUAUGAGAGAGCCUGUGUUUGAAUUCGUGCGGCCGCCCGUUUACCAUCCUCCGCAGUUAAAGUUCCCACGCCACCAGCCUCUGAGGUACCUGGACAGAUACCGAGACACUGAGGAGCCCACUUACGGCAUUUACUAGGGGCCUGGCUGCCUCUCGAGGCGCUCCAACAUACGCUGGGAUGCUGGCCAGGCAGAUGGGACUG